GGGUUACCUCCGCUGGGGCAUCCGAUAGCUGGGGUGUGAUUCUGCAUUUUCCCUGACAGGCAAGGUAUGGAGCCGCCCCUCUGCAGCCCACCCCGGCCCAGGAUGCGGCUGGGCCGCCGGGCCCUCUGCGCGAUAGUCCUGCUGCUCGCCUGCGCCUCCCUGGCGCUCCUGUACGCGAGCACCCGAGACGCGCCGGGCCUCCGGACUCCUCUUGCGUUGUGGGCGCCCUUAGAGGCUCCCCCCAGGCCCGAGCUGCCAGACCUUGCCCCACAGCCCCGCUACGCACACAUCCCAGUCAAGAUCAAAGAGCAAGUGGUGGGGAGCCAUUCCCCAGCUGACCAGCUGCUCAUAGCUCCUGCCAACUCCCCUCUACAAUAUCCCCUGCAAGGCGUGGAGGUUCAGCCCCUCAGGAGCAUCUUGGUGCCAGGGCUGAGCCUGCAGGCAGUUUCUGGUCAGGAAGUAUACCAGGUGAACCUGACCGCUUCCCUGGGCAACUGGGAUGUAGCAGGGGAAGUGACUGGAGUGACUCUCACUGGAGAGGGGCAGCCAGAUCUCACCCUUUCCAGCUCAGGGUUGGACCAACUGAACCGGCAGCUGCAACUGGUCACCUACAGCAGCCGGAGCUAUCAGGGCAAUACAGCAGACACAGUCCGAUUCUCCACCGAGGGACAUGAGGUGGCCUUUACCAUCCGCAUAAGACAUCCCCCCAAUCCUCGGCUGUACCCGGCUGGGCCUCUUCCCCAGGGAGCCAAGUACAACAUCAGUGCUCUGGUCACCAUUGCUACCAAGACCUUCCUUCGUUAUGAUCGACUGCGGGCACUCAUCGCCAGCAUUCGCCGAUUCUACCCCACCGUCACCGUGGUCAUCGCCGACGACAGCGACAAACCUGAGCGUGUUAGCGGCCCCCACAUAGAACACUAUCUCAUGCCGUUUGGCAAGGGCUGGUUCGCAGGCCGGAACCUGGCCGUUUCCCAAGUAACCACCAAAUACGUGCUGUGGGUGGACGACGACUUUAUCUUCACCGCGCGCACGCGGCUGGAGAGGCUGGUGGACGUGCUGGAGCGGACGCCGCUGGACCUGGUAGGGGGCGCGGUGCGCGAGAUCUCGGGCUUCGCCACCACUUACCGGCAGCUGCUGAGCGUGGAGCCCGGCGCCCCAGGUCUCGGGAACUGCCUCCGUCAAAAACGCGGCUUCCACCAUGAGCUCGUGGGUUUCCCAGGCUGCGUGGUGACCGACGGCGUGGUUAACUUCUUUCUGGCGCGCACGGAGAAGGUGCGCGAGGUGGGAUUCGACCCGCGCCUCAGCCGCGUGGCACAUCUAGAAUUCUUCCUGGAUGGGCUUGGUUCCCUUCGAGUUGGCUCCUGCUCUGACGUCAUUGUUGAUCAUGCAUCAAAGUUGAAGCUGCCCUGGGUAUCAAGGGAGGCUGGGAGAGAGACUUAUGCCCGGUACCGUUACCCAGGAUCACUGGAUGAAAGUCAGGUGGCCAAACACCGCCUGCUCUUCUUCAAACACCGCCUGCAGUGCAUGACUGCUGAAUGAUGGUCACUUGGGCUUCCUGCCUGUCAGGCUCAGCCUGCCUCCUUAUCCUUGCCAGGAAUUUCCAGCAAACCUCUCCACCCCAUGAGCACUCCACUGAUGGCCCUCCCCUUCAGAACUUGAUCCCAAAUAGGGGCUUGUCCUGGUGACACCCCUCCUUUCAGUGAGUGCCCAGGAACCUAAUGGAGCCAUAACCUCUCCCACAGCCAGUGCCAAGUCCUCCCCCCACCCCAUUCUAUGGGGCAGGAAAUGGGGGAGUUCACUUUCCAAGUGCCAAAGAGCCCAGGAGGACUCUUAAGACCCUCAAGUGGAAACACUCUCAUCUCCUUGGGACUGAGGGGGUAGGGAAGCUCCUAACAUGCAAUCCCAAGACCCCCAGCUCUGGAUCCAG